UCCACGAGCCAACCAAGCCUUACAAAAUUGCCACGAGCUCCUCGAGUUCGCCAUCGACGACAUAAAACAGUCGUUCGAUAGAAUCGGCACAUUCCAAAUGGGCGAAGUCAAAGCGUUCGUCGAGGAUUUGAAAGUGUGGCUAAGUGGUGCAAUGACGUACGAGGACACUUGUUUGGACGGGUUCGAGAACACCACCGGCGAGGCGGGUGAGAAGAUGAAGCAGUUUUUGAAGUCGUCUCAGCAACUGACCAGUAAUGGCCUAGCCAUGGUCACCGAAUUGUCCAAAACUUUGGGUGAUCUUCAGCUUCCCACAUUGGGCCGACGACUCAUGGGUGAGGACGGUAUCUCGGAAUGGGUCAGUGACACCAAUAGACGACUGUUGCAGGCUGGGCCACCCGCAGUUAAGCCCAACGUGGUGGUGGCACAGGACGGAAGUGGGAAAUACAAGACCAUUAACGAGGCUUUGGCUGAAAUUCCCAAAAAGAGUAAUGUCACCUUUGUGAUCCAUGUCAAGGCCGGUAUUUAUGAGGAACAUGUUGUCAUUACGAAAGCUAUGACCCACGUCACCAUGUAUGGAGAUGGCCCCACCAAAACCGUCGUCACCGGUAGCCUUAACUACGUUGACGGUAUUCAAACUUUCAAGACAGCCUCAUUCGCUGCCAUUGGAGCCAACUUCUUCGCGAGAGACAUGGGUUUCGAGAACUCUGCAGGACCUACUAAGCACCAGGCCGUGGCAUUGCGAGUCCAAUCCGACAGAUCGAUCUUCUACAACUGCAGAAUGGACGGGUACCAAGAUACGCUGUACACCCAAACCCACCGUCAAUUCUACCGCGACUGCGUCAUCACUGGCACCAUUGACUUCGUAUUCGGAAACGCUGCGGCCGUGUUCCAGAACUGCCAGCUCGUGGUUAGAAAGCCAAUGGAUAACCAACAGUGCAUCGUGACAGCCCAAGGCAGGCUCGAGGAGCGUGAGCCAACCGCGCUUGUGUUCCAAAGCUGCCACUUCACGUCCGACCCAGCCUAYUACCCACAYAGAGCUGUGAACAAGGCYUACUUGGGGAGGCCAUGGAAGGCAUAUUCYCGCACCAUCAUCAUGCAGUCUAAAAUCGACGACCUCAUCCAACCUGAGGGAUGGUUGCCAUGGAUGGGCACCUUUGGGCUUGACACAUUGUUCUAUGUUGAGUUUCAGAACACCGGUCCGGGGGCGGACAAGAGCAAGAGAGUUGAGUGGGCCGGUAUCAAGGAGAUCACACCACAACAAAUCCUUGCUUUCACCCCCAAACCCUUCAUCGACGGCGAUGCUUGGAUCAAGGACAAGGGAAUUCCCUACUCAUCUAAUAUGAUGUUAGAACGAAGCCGCACUCCAGUACAAUAAAUUUUGACCCUAUAAAUAGGGGUGAGAUGCUACAAUAAAUUUUGACCCUAUAAAUAGGGUUGAGAAGCUACGACCAUAUUUUAAAA